AUGUUAUGUAAAUAUAUAGUUAUACAUAUCUUACAAAAGCGAUUAGUUUGUGAAUUAUUAAUUGAGUGUUAAAAAUUGAUGCUCAUCAAAUAACCGUCAAUCGUGGGCACAAUUGGACUAUGGGUCCUUAUAGAUGGACUUACCGGAUACUAUACUCUUGAUUACUACAUGAGAAGUGGUAUGCUUGAUAAUGGUUUUAAAAUAUUUAUUCCUACGAGUUCAGUUAGUCAUCAUACGUUAAUUUAGUAUAAGAUACAAUUUUCACAGUUUGGAUAAUAAUAUUAUUUUACUGCCAUAGUGUGCUCCAUUCAGUGAUUCAUUCCAAGUCGCGUGUUUACUACAAGGCUUGAAAUUGUUGGUUCGUUCAAAUCAGAUUUUCGUAUAUUAAACAGAAAAUCUAAAUAAGGUUUGUUCCAAAAACAAGACGAAUGUAUCCAUAGAUUAAUGAAUAAAUACUUGAAACCGAACAAUUGAGCAAUUUUCGUAUGAAGCCAUGAGAAGUGGUACGCAAUUUAUAUGGACUCGAUCAUUUUGCUGGGACAUGGAAAGGCUUUAGAUACAUUUGCUCAAUACAGAUUAAAGAAAAAGAAUAUGAUGAAAUUCAAUAUGUUUGUGUUUGUGCUUGCUUUUGCAAUGUAUAUCAAAGUUAAUGCACACGUCUGGAUGGAUAAAAAGGAAUAUUUGAAGAAUGUAAAGAUUUCAUCUGAUUAUAAAGAGUUCCUCAACAUGAUGGCAAAGGUUACCGGUGUUUCUCUUAAAUACUUGGACGUGCCCUUGGUACAAGAAUGGUUCCUCAGUGACUGGCCAAUGGAUAACACAUCCCUUCAAUCGGAAUAUGGGUCGUUUGCUGUAUCCACAUCAACAAGAACAUUGGACAUUCUGUGCGCAUAUUACCAGUCAAUUGGCGAAUGUGAACUUGUGGAAAUUUACUGCUUCAACACGGACUGUCCUUGACCUCUGAAUGUUAAGUAACCUUGAACUUGAAUACAUUAUUACGCGCAGUUUAUAUUGGUGUCUUGGCCUGUUUGCCAGGAAAUAUAAA